AUGCACCCUCCUCAACUUUUCAUUCUAGAAGCCAACCCAGCACGUUCAGCCCUCCCCGACGUCGUUGAUGCCAACUCUAACGGUCUUAGUGACAUUGACAACUGUCUAUACUCACGCAAUGACAAAGUCCUGGAGCACAUGUCCAAGAACAUCGACGACUACUUCAAGAAACAUCUCGGCCUCUCCCCAGACGACGCAGAGCGCCUUCACAAGGAUUACUCCCAGCAAUACGGCCAGGCAAUCGAAGGCUUGGUACGCCAUCACCAAAUUGACGCGUUGGAGUACAACGCCAAGGUCGAUGACGCGGUCCCAUUGGACGACCUGAUCAAGCCAAAUGCACAAUUACGACAAUUACUCGAGGACAUCGAUACUUCCAAAGUCCCAUUUGUGUGUAAGCCGCAUAAGGAGAUGUUUAUGAAAGCUAUGAGGGAAGCUGGAGUCUCUGAUGUGUCGAGAUGUUAUUUUAUUGAUGACUCUCAUAAGAAUUGUGUUGGAGCGAGGGACGCUGGCUGGACUGCUAUUCACUUUGUGGAAGAGGGACUUCCUGUACCCGAGUCAUCAGCGUCUCAGCAUCAGAUUCGCCAUCUUGAGGAACUGAGAUCACUCUAUCCCGACUUCUUUAGACCUAGCCUAACCGACCUCAAAAUAGUAUGGAUCCAUGGUAACAAUUUCGACGAUGUGAAAGUCUCUGGCGUGGCAGCUAGUGACUGGAACGAUCGAAGCAUCAACAGCACUGUUCCAGUGGAUCCUAGUGCACGCUACGAUGAUCGUCGACAGGUGGACGACGACGGGUUUCCCAUUGAGGAUAAUGAUGGUCAUGUGCCAAAUGUUGAGAUCUCCAUCGUCAAUGUCUUUCAUCCCGAUCCCCCUCCCGAGUGGCGCUGGGGCUUCUUGUUCCACGAUGUUUGCUGGAGUCUGUUGAACUUUGAACAAAAAGUUGAUCUUCGUGGCCUCUUUCGACUCUGCGUCUCAACACCUAAUGGUCCUGACCUGCUUCUCGACUUUGGCCACUACUAUGGUGGCGUUGCGUCGAUGGACUAUGAGGGAAGCAUCCGGGUAUUGGUAUCUGACCUCAAAGGUCCAAACACUAUGGGAGAAAUGCUCAGGACGAAUCCUCUUGACAUCCCCGCCCUCAAGAAGGCCAUCAACUUCGCGGCCCGUAUGCAGCAGGAUGCAUUUCAGUCUAUUCUCGACCGUUCGACCCUCAGCGCAGACAAGGAUGUCUUCAAUUACUUCCCUCCAGAGAUCCUUGAGAGGAUUGUGACCUUUCUUCCAUCCCCUGAUGUCCACUCUCUUCGCCUUGCAUCUCGUGUGUUCGCAACCCUCAGCCUGUCAGAACGCUUCUGGGUUUCACGAUUUACAGAAGGGCGCGAGUUUGACUACCUUCCUGAGGUGUUCACUACCCCCCCGACAUCAUGGAGAGCUCUCUAUCUCUCACUUCACAUCUGGGCGUCUGAUAACAUGGGAAUGGCCAACCGCAGACGUGUCUGGCCACUCAUCCAAGACUUUCACAGAACACUUGGCCAGAUGAAAGACGUGGAUUGUCUUGGGAACUCCAUAAAGACGGCCUUUGAGCCCGAGGUGCCAAAUCCCGGCCCGCAACACGAGUCCUUGAUUACCGCAGAAAGGUAUCUGUUCGAACCGGGAACUCAUUUUGUGGGCGGCUCCCGUGUCCUGCGGGCCCGGUCCGUAGAAUUUCCCCGGCGUCUCAAGGUAAUGCUCAUGUCUGUAUCAUUUGUCGAGACUCCAGAUGGGCUCUUUAUCUCUGGCCUCAUAUUUAUUGGCGCCGAUGGUGUCUUUGAGUCUCUCGGAUACACUCACAAAUCAGAAAUGGAGCACAUACCGCUUCCCAAGGAUCAAUAUAUCAAAGGAUUCGAAGUGGCCAUCGACGUGUGUGGCUUUCGAGCAAUCGCGGCCAUCACUGAGGAUGGCACCACGUCCUUGUGGGCUGGAGAUCCGGCGGACAACCCCAGGAGACGUCUCAUUGAUGUCGAGGGCAUUUCUCUCCUCGUUGCUCAAUUCGAUGCGUUCAAACUUGUGUCGCUAAGUCGCGAUCGUAAAACAAAGACACUAGAACCCAGGGAUAGACUGCUCUGGUAUCCCGAAAUCCCAUCUCCCGAAUUAUUCUUGGACGGAGUCCGACCCCUCGACGAAAAGGCCAGCUCCAAAGUUCCCAUUACGACAAUAUUCUUCGGCGAGAACGACGGUCGAUAUGUAAGACAAAUGACUGCGAUAGGAUCCCACAACUACGACUGGUGUCAUGUCAACCGCCUCCACUUUGACUUUAUGGACGAUAGCAUAGAGCGAUGUCUUGGGGAUGUGGAGUUUGAAACAGAACAAUCCGAUCGCCCCCCGCAGAGAUACCCAGACCACGGCAAUUCUAUGGGAUUUUUCGAAAUCGAUGGUGGAAAUGGUGAAGAGAUUGAGAGUUUCGAGGUUCAGUUUAACGACGAUAUUAUCUUUGGACUCAAGUUCAAUCUCAACACCAAUCGCACGGAGCUUUUGAGCAAUAGUGAUGACCCCUUCGAUGUACCGUGGACCAAGGUUACUCCGCGUGGUAAAAAUAUCAUUGGGAUGUUUUCUCAAGGCGCUGAGGAUCAUUGGGGUGCCAAGACGUUCCACAAUUUGGGCUUCAUCUCCACUAACGAGGAACAGGAAUAG